UGACUUAUAGUCGUAGGUAUAUAAGUAGCUCAUCAAUGACCAAUGUCGAGAGCUUAGCUCAGCUGUGGCAAAUUGAUGUUUUGUUGACAAUCAAUUGACACAUAUACUUAUACCAUAAGUUUUGUUUGUGCGGUGCAGAAUUUUGUAUACCUUUUGUGUCGAUAUUGCUGCAAUUUCGUUGUUAUUUUUCACUGAACUAGAAAGAAGGAUAUUUUGAAUUAUUACUAGACUAUUUCAACAAAAAAAGCACAAUGGGUGAACGCAAAGGACAAAACAUGUAUUAUCCACCGGAUUACAAUCCCAAGUUUGGAGGAUUGAAUAAAUCUCAAGGAACCCAUGCCCUGCGCGAGCGAGCUCGAAAACUUCACAUGGGUAUCUUGAUAAUUAGAUUUGAAAUGCCCUUCAAUAUAUGGUGCGAUGGCUGCGGAAAUCACAUUGGAAUGGGCGUUCGUUAUAAUGCGGAAAAGAAAAAAAUUGGAAUGUACUACAGCACUCCCUUAUAUCAGUUCAGAAUGAAAUGUCACCUAUGCGACAAUCACUUUGAAAUUAAGACUGAUCCAGCAAAUUUAAAUUAUGAAAUCGUUAGUGGAGCUCGCAGACAAGAGAAUCGAUGGGACCCAACAGAAAAUGAACAAGUUGUACCAGAAACUAAAGAAGUUUCAAGGAGAUUAUACGAUGAUGCUAUGUACAAGUUGGAGCAUAAUUUAGAAGAUAAGAAAGUUGCAAAGACGAGAGCAAAUGUUUUAGAAAGCGCUAUUGAAUUGAAUGAGUCUUUAUGGAAAGAUGAUUACACAUCAAAUUGUGCUCUGCGAUCAAUUUUUCGAACUAAGAAGAAAGAAAUACAGGGUAAAGCUACAAUGGAUCAGGCAUUCUUAAAGAAAAUGGGUAUUAAUAUCAAUUUGGUUAGUGAGCAUGAAGAUGAUAUAAAAUUGGCCAAACUCUUAUCUCAACACAAACAAUUGCAAAAAGGUAGCAAAGACAAAUUGCCUUUAAAACGGCUACUUUCCAUUGCUGAGUCAAGAGAACGAUCCAAAAACAAGCCUUUAGCACUGGAAAGUAAAAAAAGUAAAAAAAUAGUACUACCUGCUGUAACACAAACAUCUGCAUCAAGUUCGAGCAGCAGUAGUGGAGCAAUUAAGAACAGCAGCUCCAGCUUAUCACUCGUGCAGUAUGAUAGCACUAGUUCAGAUAGUGAUUCGUAGCGUUACAAAAUAAAAACACAUCCUGUACAUAUGUAAAUAAAAUCUAAUAUAAUUUAA